AUGGCUUGUGAUGUUGACGCGGAGUCAGGCCUCAUCUCGGGGAACUCGGGUAGUUCCUCAAACUCAAGUCUUUCACCAAGCCAGGAGAGUCCGAGCACGUCCCUGGAGCACGUGUCUCGGGCGGACGUGCCCCUGCCCGCGCCCGUGCUGGAGAACGACUCCGACAUCGAGGCGGAGCUGGACCUCCCCAACUGGCAGAAACUAGUCUCGCACGACCAAAUCAAGCGACUCAAGCCCAAGGAACGCAAGAGGCAGGACACUAUAAAUGAAUUGUUCCACACUGAACGGACGCAUGUACGGGUCCUGAAAGUUUUAAAACACCUCUUCCACCUGCCUAUGCUGGAGGCAGGAAUUUUAUCCAAAGAGCAGUCUGAAAUGCUUUUCCCUAAUAUUGACCAAAUCCUGGAGAUCCACACAACCUUCAACCAGGCCAUGAAGAAGAGAAGAGAGGAGGAGCCACUCGUACUCAGAGUUGGAGAUCUUCUUGUCAAUAUGUUUGACGGAGAGCAAGGAGAGCACUUUCAGCAACAGGCGGCAGAAUUUAUUCGGAUGCAGGGUAUAGCUUUAGAGAACCUUAAACAGAAGCAGAAGAGAGACCAGAGACUCUCAGCAUUCCUUCAGGAGCAAGAAAACAACCCAGCAUGCCGAAGACUUCAACUCAAGGAUAUGCUGCCUGCGGGCUUCCAGAGGUUAUCAAAGUACCCUUUAUUGACUGAGUCUCUCUUAGCAUAUACUGACAGUAACAAACAACCCGAAGAAUAUGAACAAAUAUCUCGCGCUCUGGAAAGAUCAAAGGAGAUCCUAGCCUAUGUAAAUGCCGCAGUUCAGGAAGCAGAAAAUAACCAGAAACUAAGUGAGAUACAACGGAGACUUGACCAAUCUUCCCUUGCAAAGAACAAGCAUGGACACUCUGAUGAGUUAAGAGGCAAUCUGGACCUAACUAAACACAAGCUCAUUUACGAAGGUCCUUUGACCUGGAGAAUUGCCAAGGGUCAGAAGAAUAUAGAUCUUCAUGUACUUCUUCUAGAUGAGUUUAUAGUUCUUCUACAAAAAGCAGAUGACAAAUAUAUUUUGAAGAACCACUCCAUCAACAAGUCACUUGGGAAAGAUGACAACAAAUUAACUCAUUCUCCAAUCAUCAAAUAUGGACCAUCAAUGCUCUUCCGAGCUGUGGCAACAGACCGAUGUGCAUUCUUCAUAGUCACGACCCAGUCGGGGGGAGCGCAUAUCUACGAGCUGGUCACCAUAUCUGCAAAUGAACGGAAGGUAUGGUUCCGCCACAUCCAAGAAGCCCAAGAGGCAUAUGGGGCGCGGGAUGGGCGCAACAGAAGGUCGCAGCCCCCGACGCCUCUGCCAGACCCUGACGAUCACCCAGGCUCAUCAGGGGAUGCUCUCAGAGAUGUUGAUGAUGAUGUUGAUGGGGGUGAAACAGCAGAAGGCACAAAUGAUAUUUCUGGUGACACCAAAGCACAGUCAGGCAGUGGAAAGGCUACUGAACCAGCAGUCAAGCCCGAGGAGCCUUUGAGCAGCACCUCGACAGCAUCACAACCUCCUGCUUCAUCUGAGACCCUUGCUAAUAAGACAGCAGAGGCUGAUGGGGCGAGCAGCGGCAGUAGCGGCCCAGGCGGCCCAUCCCCAUCGGCUGGCCGGAGCCCUGCCUCUGGUCGCCGUCUGCAGGAGGUCCAGAUCAUCCAGAUUGUGGAGGGCCCGACGCUCAUCCAACCCUCCGAGGUGAAGGUUUCUCAGGGAGUGGUCCUCUCUGCAGAGCCUGUUCUCACCCCAAUAGAACAUCUACGACGGAAAGACCUGAAGAUCCGCCAGGCUUUGGAGGAAAAACAGCACAUCAUUGCAGACAUCUUAAACAUUCCGCACAAGCACUUUGAGAAUGUGGCUGACAUGGCUGGUGAACCAGCUGUUGGGAACAAGGAACCAAGAGAAUUAGUGUUAGCUGCCAUGUACCAGGCCAAGUGUUUGCAAGAAACGCUCAAUGAAGCACUUAACAUCCGGGAAUCGGAUAUAGUAGCUGCAAGAGCCAAUAAUGAUAGUGCCAAUAAGCUUUCAAGUUUACCCCUGUAUCAAGCUCCUAUGACAAAGCUUAUGGCCAUAUCUACAUCCUUGUCACAACAGCUGUCGUCUUUAUUGAAUUUAGUGUCAGAACGUGAUGACGAGCGCGAUCGCAUGCGCAAAGAGCUUGUAGCCUCCAGAGAACGGCUGCAUCUUCUGCACAUGAGGCAAAACUCUCUAACGAACCAGACAUCAACACCCACCCAACACUCAGAUGUCACCACCAGCUCUUCCACCACGGCUGCCACCCCUCCUACUGCCACCUCUCCACACACCUCCCGACCAAGCUCUUUUGUGUCGGUGGCCUCCUCAGUGCCUGAUCAUUCAGAUUCUCUAGACCACCACGAUACGGACGAAGAAGGUCGGGGCGACGCUCCCAAGGUGAACAGCACCCACCAGGACGAGGGAGAAGAUUCAAAGGAAGGCUCUGUGGCAGAGACAUUUGAAGAUGCCGUAAGUGGGUCAGAGCCAGCAGACACAGCAGCAGGAGAGGGAGAGCAUUCAUCAGGAAACAGGGAGUGUCUUGGGGAUGGAGCUGCAGUCAGAGGACCUGAGGGCAUAACGGAGUCAAGCACCACCUGAGGCCAGCAGAAAGAUGGUGGUGGUGGAGCUUCCUCCUCAUGGUUGUCGAAAGAUGUGCUCUGCUACACCCUGAGGGGAACAUGCAGGAAUCAUGUACCUCUGUAGCUGCCUUCUCUGCACAGCCUUUUUGGCUUCAACAGAAGGAAGAUGGAGGCUGGAGUGCAAAUCCCUGGCUUGGUGGCCCAGUCCUCCUAACUCUCCAAUCAUAGUGGAGUUACAUUGUCAAUAUAUAUUGAAAUUCAUAUAACAAGCGGGCUAGACAGCUUUGGUUACAGACCUGAGCAUAGCAACACAAAUUAUAUUUAAUUUACUGUGUAUGAUAUUGUAAAUGAGAAAAUAAUAUUAAAAUUCAUAUAAUUAUUGACUCCUGAUAGAGACGUUAUUGGCAGUGUGCAUGUGCAACAUAUGAACCAGACUGGCUGGACUUGGCAGUUAUCAUGACCAAUCAGCAUCGUGUAAAUACUAUAUCGUGGCCGUGUGUUGUGACACCUAAGCCCAGUGCACCCGAUGUUGGUACAGGGGUCUCCGUACAAUAUGUUUGGUACUGCGUAUACCAGGCUAUAUUUCUCAGUUGGGAGCUCAUCAUUAACUGAUAUUGAUUUUGGUAGCAUGUGGAACAAAUUUUUAAGGUUGUAAUGAAGAAGAUCUGUAUAGCAAAGAAAUUGGCUAAUUUUUUUUUAGGUCAACAAAUAUUUUGGUUGUAACUUUACCACCCAUUUGAUGUUGUCAGAUUGUUAUAUUGCAAGUAUACCUCAAUCUGUGUAUCCUGAAAUAAACCCGGUUCUGUCAGUAGUCUCAUACCACUUCCUGCUACUCACAUGCUACAGCCCAAUUUGACAUGGAAAUGAAUCUCCCAACAAGUGAAACCUCUCAGUCAGCUCUUUCAUUCAGUGUUUGUUGUUCUUUGUUCAAAUAUUGUAAACAAGUCACCUGGUGUCGUUUACGUUCCUAGUCCUUUGUGUUGCAGAUUGCUAUCAUCCUGCUGAGCGACUGUGGACCAACACCUGAUUUCUAAAAGUCACUAUGUUAGCAUGACAUACCUCUUUAUAUAGGACCAUCACCACUGAGUAAUUUGUGUAGCCCUUCAGGAGGAAUUGAAGGACCACUUGGGUACUUUGAUAGAAAGAGAGAACAAAUGAAGAGUUUAAGAACAGGUACACGUAUGUUCAUUGUGCAAGAGGAAUAGAACAUGCAUGGAUGUGGGCAUAAUUUACAGAAGCUCACACUCACACUCACACUCACUGUGUCUGUCAGUCUGUCUUUGUAUAUAUAUAUAUAUCUAUGUAUAAGUGGUAUAUCAGUUGCAUGUUGUGUGUGCAUCAGUUGUGUGUAAGUGUGUGAUAGACAUAUAUGAAUAUAAAUACAGGCAUAGGCAUAGGCAUAAACAUAGACACACAUUGACAUGCAACACACACCAUGCAAAUCAAUGUUAUUUCCAAGCUGGACCUCCAGCCAUCUACAUUGCCAGAUUUUUACCUGAUCAAGUGCCGUCAGAGUGAUGUCCAAAUGUAUUAUGUUUAUAGACAAUGUUGAGUAUGAUGUAUCAUAUAUAUAAUCAUGUUCAUUCUUGUCUUAUUAAAUUUUUGGUUGAUUAUGCCUAAAGGGUUUUGAAUAUGUAGUCAGUAUCCUAUACUGUUCGUGUGAGGACAGUAGAGACAGCUGAUCUGAGAUUAGGGUCAUCCCAGCAGAAGUAAAAUCAGUAUAAAGUGGUGAUGGAAGACUCUGCAUCUUUUCUGUGUAUUGGCAACCAAGCCCAUAUGGAAUUACAAAUGCAUAGAUAUAGUAUGACGUGGGAUAUAGAACCUGGGAUUGACAGUGCGUAUGGAAGGAAAGUAAAGGAAUGGGGAUUAGCAAUACAUGUUUCCAGUGCCAUGUUCCCCAGGCUUGGCCCAACACUCCAUGGCCACUUCUCAGUCAUCACAAAAAGGGUGUUUGUUCUCUUAUUCAUUUGUCUGUACAUAUCUUUGUUGCCCAAAGGGUAGACAGUAAACACAUUACCACAAAAGUGAUCAUUUGUAAAUUGUAAUAACAUUAUUGUAUAACCUGUCAGCAUAAUGUAUAGCGCAGCCUAAGUGCGAAAGUAAUAAAAUGACUAAAGCAA